UAGUCGAAACAGAACCCAUUGUGGUAUUGAAGAGGAGUGAGCUGCAGCCCGGGAGAAGAAAAAAGGGGCAUUUCUGUGACCACAAAGGGACUCAUGAUAAGCGGACAGAUAUGGAUAUUAAUGCACAAUAUAGACGGGCUUGUCCGCUGUGAAAAGGACCGCGUCGUCCAUUGGGAAAGAUCCGGUAUACGAAGAGUUAAGACCCUACAUCACAACUGUUUAUUUCAGCAGCUAGCAGGCUAGCUGGCUAGAUACCUCGGAGCUGGAAAUGGGGAGCCCGUGUGAGUUUGCUUGAUCGAGCUCUUCGUCGUGCUUUCAAUAAGCUAUACCUUUUUUUUUUUUUUUUUUUUUAGAUGUGGUCGCUUGCGGUUCAAAGUGUCCAUCGCCCGCUUAGUAAGUAGCCGCAACUUUGAAGAAAGAUGUCAACUGAGCGUUAGACAUUUCACUACUGCCGAGCCGGAGUGGGGGAAAAAAGUGGUCCAGGCCUGCUUGUUGAAGGUUUCACACACACACCAAGAAGGGACAACAUGACUCACUGGCCUCUGCCUGAGCUUGGCACGGGGCAGCUGUGCCAACCUCGUCCCUGCCUGCCACUUUAGAAGAUACACCAGUACACCAUGACGGAGAGGCAUUGAGGUUAGCCCCUGACGAACAUCCCGGUGCCCUUCCUCUCCCCAGUCCCUCAAGAUCCCCCGUCCCCUCCCCAUCCUGCCCCAACAUGCUCCGCUUCCUGCCUCUCAAACUUGGCCGCCUCUACCGCUGUCUGAAGCUCCUAUUGGUGGUGGGCUUGUUUGUCAUCCUUCUGAUGAACACCCACAACCUGUUUGCCUCCUUCCAGAAGAAUGAGCUCACUGACAGACGCUUCAUCAACCUCAAUAAGUGUCCCGCCUGUUUUGGCACCAGCUGGUGCCGCAAGUUCAUGAAUGGCCAGGUGUCCUUUGAGACCUGGGGUCGUCUCCGAUUCCUAGAUGUCUUCAAUGUCAAGAAUGUUUACUUUGCUCAGUAUGGAGAGCCCAGGGAGGGCACCCGUCGGGUGGUGCUGAAACGACUAGGCUCCAACCAGGAACUGGCUGACAUAGACCAGAAAAUCUGCAAGCGGGCCACAGGCAGGCCACGCUGUGACCUCAUUCAGGCCAUGUACAAGACAGAAUUUGCCCGGCUCAACGGGGAUGUUCGUCUGCUCACUCCAGAGGUGGUGGAGGGCUGGUCAGAUCUGGUGCACUGCCCUUCUCAGAGGCUGCUGGACCGUGUGGUCCGCAGGUACGCUGAGACCAAAGACUCAGGCAGCUUCCUGCUCAAGAACCUCAAGGACACAGAGAGGAUGCAGCUGCUUAUGACCUUAGCAUUCAACCCAGAGCCACUUGUAUUACAGAGCUUUCCGUCUGACGAAGGCUGGCCGUUCGCCAAGUACCUGGGAGCGUGCGGGCGCAUGGUGGCUGUCAACUAUGUGGGCGAGGAGCUAUGGAGCUUUUACAACGCACCGUGGGAGAAGAGGGUGGACCUGGCGCGUCAGCUUAUGGACAUCGCCGAGCAGCUGACCAACAACGACUUUGAGUUUGCCCUCUACCUGCUUGACGUCAGCUUCGACAACUUCGCCGUGGGCCCACGCGAUGGCAAGGUCAUCGUCGUCGACGCCGAGAACGUUCUCGUGGCAGACAAGAGGCUGAUCAAGCAGAACAAGCCUGAAAGCUACGAUGUGUGGUAUGAGAGCCGUUUUGAGGAGUGCGACAAGGAGGCCUGCCUGUCUUUCUCCAAGGAGUCUCUGUGCUCCAGGGUCACUGUGGACCACAACUACUAUGCCGUGUGUCAGAACCUGCUUUCGCGCUACGCUACAUGGCGGGGCACCACCGGGGGCCUCCUCCACGACCCCCCCGCCCAUAUAGCCAAAGACGGACAGCUUGAGGCCCUGUUGGACGAAUGCACCAACCCCAAAAAACGCUACGGUCGCUUCCAGGCGGCCAAGGAACUGCGCGAGUACCUCACACAGCUAGCUGCGGCUUCCUCCUCCGCUACGGCCAGGUAAUGAAUGGAGUUGGCGUUAGCCUGACGCACCGAGGGAGCAGAUCCUGUACUCUGACCUUUGAACUCUGAGAUCCUGGUUCUUGUACGUGAUGUCGUUCGCCCCCUCUUGACUUUGGAACAGCGGGGUAGGAUGGGUCUUUCAUCUGGAGUGUAGGAAUUGAACUUCAAAGCAGUUUAAAGCUCUAGCUUUUUAUCUGACUUUGCUUUUGUGGAAAAGAGGAGGGUGGAGCUAAGAGGUUUCGGUUAGGACUAGGAUAGAGAGGGAGUAGGAGUAAUCUCUCCUCUCCCAGGGUGGGCCAGCCAUCCUGGGGGGAAAGGUCAAAGGGCUUUGGUGAAAACAUUCUCCACUGGACCUAGGCCAAUGCAACCCAGGGCGUCCAGACAGCAGCAGCAACAACAACAGCAGCGGCAGCAGCCCUGACCACAUCCAUUCACCUGCUCAUUCUGUAGACAAAUGCCCUGUCUCCAUCAGAACUAUGUUGUGUUUGAUAACACUGAAUCUUAACACCUGUUUCAUUUUGCCCCUAGGAUCUCCUGUUCCACUUGUUUUUGAGGGCUGAAUUUAAGCAGAUUGGCGCGUUUACAUUUUUUGCUGCGCUGUGGCUUCUUUUCAGUCGCAUGGCUGCAGGGAAAGCAGAGAGAGGCAGGGGGCUCGGGGGUGCGGGGUUGGUUUCCAUGCAGGAGAAAAAGAAAACCCUUGACAGCCAUAUAGGUCUUAUUUCCUGCUACUCCAAUCAAUCACUCCAUUUCCAGAUCUCUGCACUGUGGCAAUCAGUUUUUUUUCUCAUAUUGUUUUUUUUUUCCUUUUUAUAGGAACUAGAAAAAAAGAACUAGGCUGCUGUACAUAGAAAAAGGAAGAGGAGGGGAUAAUUGGACAUUGGCAGUCCGUUGAUGCAGAUGUGCAUAUACCAAAGAGGCAAUAUAUAAUGUUAAGAACCCCCAACAGUAAAGAGUGACAGCGCCUUUCCCUCCAGUUAUUCCCCACUAGAGCUGUCCAAAGGAACUUGAUUAUCCUCACAAUCUCAUAGGAAUUGGUGGGACACCCAUCCUGAUUUCUUUAAGGAAAAAAAAAAAAAAAACAAAUCUAGGGAUCACCAAGUUUAAGAUUGGCUUCACUAUAUCCCUGCACAGU